GUGACUCUCAAACCAACUGAAUUUAAGUUGAGGUCCAGACUGACCGGAGAUCACAACUGAGCCAAAAUGAGUUUGACCGAAAAAGACAAGGCCACAGUCAAGGCACUGUGGGCCAAAAUCCAAAAGUCUGCAGAUACCAUCGGGGGUGAUGCUCUGUUCAGGCUGUUCACCACGUAUCCCCAGUCCAAGAUCUACUUCUCCCACUGGACAGACUUGGGUGUCAACUCCGCCUCCGUGAAGGCCCACGGAAAGAAGGUGAUGGGUGGAGUCGCUCUGGCAGUGUCCAAGAUCGACGACCUCACCAAGGGGCUGCUGGAACUGAGCGAGCAGCACGCCUUCCAGCUGAGAGUGGACCCGGCCAACUUCAGGCUCCUGUCCCACUGCAUUCUCGUGGUGAUCGCCACGUUGUACCCCCAGGAUCUUACCCCCGAGGCCCACGUGUGCCUGGAUAAAUUCCUGGCCAACCUGUCUCUGGCUCUCUCCGAGAGAUACCGCUGAGCUGCCAGCAGAGCAGGAUGCGAUAUGCCACAUGUGGCCAUUUUCGAUUUCGUUGAAAAAUGAAAUAAAAAAAUCGACUGCACGUCGCCAAAACAGAUACUGUCUACUCUCUUUUGUGUCUCAGAAAAAAAUGGUAUUUGUAGGUUAUUAAAUUCAAUUAGACAGAAGAAAGCAUACUACACAAUAAGUUAGAAAAGAUAAACUGUUAUUUCAUAUUGGUUUGCUUUGUUAAGUAAAAAACAUACUUUAAUUUCACGUUAGUUUGUACCGAAAUUAAAAAGUUAUUAACUUUUUUUAAAUUUACAUUUGAUAUCAGGCUAUCAUCGGCCUGCGUGCAGAGGUGACGUAAACAGUCUUUUGUGUCGUGGUCUAGAGAUGAAUGCGCAUGUAUGCCGUUUUUGUUGCGAGGACCCGAUGCUUCUUGAGAAAGAUAAUCAUAAAGAAACAGGCUACAGCACCGGGAAGAAUAAAGUUGCCCAAACGGAAGACAGAGUCCUCUGUUCAUGGGCGCAACAUGAGACAAUAACAAUAUCAAGUCUAUCCAUUUCUUUUUAUUUUUAUUUAAAACGGCUAUGGCACGAAUAAAGCGACCUUUGAUAUGUCAACAUCUUUAUUUUAUAACGAACAGCAAGUUCACAUUUAAGAAAAAAAAAUCAUCAGAGUGAUGACGUCAUAGGCUACACAUCAACUGCAUUCACUUUUGUAACAUAGAUAGUUUA